AUGUCAUUGCUGUUUCUGCUCGUGAAACGGCCGCCGUUUUCAUGGAGCGACAAGACCUUCAGUAACUUUUCGCUGCUCAGGGGAACUCUGUUUUCUCUUGGAAUGGUGCUAUGUCCACUAUUGUUGACUCUGGUCCAUUGGCUAGGAAAAGACAGUCUAAUGAUUAUUGUCGGUAUCGCUGCGUCAGCAGCGUCCUUCCUUUGGAUAUCAAGUGCCACAACAACAAUGGAAAUUUUUAUGACUGGCGCUCUCACAUUGCUGUGUGGAGGUAUAGCUCCAGGCUAUAGGUCGUUUCUUCCACGAAUGGUACCUAAAGAACAGACGGCUCGGUUGUUGACAGUGUGCUCAAUAAUCAUGGCGUUUUGUCCGAUGUUAUCUUCUCUGAUAUUCAAUCCGAUUUUCAACGCCACACUCGACUGGUGGCCUGGAUUCACAUUCUUCCUCGGAGGAAUUCUCCAGCUGUUCGUCGUAGCUGGACAAGGUGGAAUCCACUGUCUCAUGAGACCUCAAUGGCUGAUCGAAAAGCGUCUGAAAAAUCAACUGAACACGCAUUCGUUAACCGUCGGAGACGACAACUCAGGUGAUGUCGAACAGAGCUCCUCGUCUUCCGCAGCCGUUUGUUCAGAUCUGAACAUUACAAGUGAAUCUCCGGUGGAGGAGCGUAGGAACAUCCACAUGUAG